CACAGGACUAAUCAAUCUACUGUGGAGUGUUUAUCCAGUUGCAAGUUGGAUCAAUGGAAAGAAUAUUAGUACCAGUUAAUCUGAAUGGCGAAUACAUCAUGCAUUCUAACGGAGAAGAAGAGAGUGAUGACGACGUAAUUAUAGUACAUGAAGAAAUUGCAGAUAGACGCAGUGAGAAUAAAAAUGGUACUGUUAAAGCUAACCAGAGCAGCAACGGUCACAGUCUUACUGACAGUGAUGUACGGUUGCAAGGGAAUCUAAAAUCAGAGGAAAUAAAUAUGUAA